ACUGUUAGAAGGAAGCAUGGCAUAUGAUGGCAGCGAGUCUACUCAAGCCUCAAGAAAAUCCCUUCCUCGUUGCCGAAGAAUUAACAGGAUGCUCUCCAAUGAAUCUCUGCAUUCUCCUGUGUUCAACCGUUCCAACUCACAGGCCUCCAUAGACAGUGCCUCCAUGGAAGAUUUUUGGCGGGAAAUAGAAAGCAUAAAGGAAAAUAGCAUGGCAAGACAGGAAGAGCAGAUGCCAACUGAGGUCAAACCUCUGGAUGAGGGAGAACUUGAAGCAGAGUGGCUACAGGAUGUGGGUUUAUCUACCCUGAUUUCGGGUGGUGAAGAGGAAGAUGGCAAAGCCUUGCUCUCGACAUUGACUCGAACUCAAGCAGCUGCAGUCAAAAAGAGAUAUAAUACUUACACUCAGACAUUGAGGAAAAAGAACAAGCAGUCUGUGAGGGAUGUCAGAGAUAUCUUUGGAGUCAGUGAAGCUUCUCCAAAUGAUGUUUGCUGUAGCCCACCUUCUCCUUUGGAUGAAACCCUGGAUGAAGAAGGAAUAUCAGCAAUUCCCUGCAGAAAUGGCCAACUGGCAGGUGAUACAUCUGAAAACCCCACUGCUCAGUUGGAUGAUACCCAGGAGGACAAAGAACUGCCAGGCGUUAUCAACACCAGUGGUUCCUUGCCAGAUGACAUUCCCUCCAACAGCACACCCCUCUCACAUGGGUCCCAGGAGGAAAAAGGGAGUUUUGCAGUUCCCAAGAGUGGCGCCAUGUCCAUACUUGAGACCAUUCCGGAUGUGCCAGUUCAUUCCAAUGGCUCGUCAGACAGUGGACAGUCGGCUCAGGGAGCAGUUAGGGAUGAUGAUUUUCUAGAAAAGACUGUUUCACCAGAAGCUGAAGAGUUGUCAUUUGAAGUGUCUUAUUCAGAAAUUAUUUCAGAGGCUCCUAAAAAAAGCAAAUUUAAGAAAUACGAUUUUAAGAAAGAAGAUUUUGCUUUAACUAAAUUUAUUGUUCAGAAAACUAGAUUUGGCCUAACUGAAGCAGGAGACCUGUCCACCGAGGACAUGAAGAAAAUUCGCCAUCUCUCUCUGAUUGAAUUGACAGCUUUUUUUGAUGCCUUUGGGAUCCAACUGAAAAGAAAUAAAACAGAAAAAAUCAAAGGACGAGACAAUGGCAUCUUCGGGGUUCCACUCACCGUCCUAUUGGACAAUGACCGAAAGAAAGACCCUGGAGUCAAAGUCCCCCUGGUAUUACAGAAAUUUUUUGAGAAAGUUGAAGAAUCAGGUCUGGAAUCUGAAGGGAUUUUUCGACUCUCCGGAUGUACUGCCAAAGUGAAGCAAUACCGUGAAGAAUUGGAUGCCAAGUUUAAUGCCGACAAAUUUAAGUGGGACAAAAUGUGCCACAGAGAAGCUGCAGUAAUGUUGAAAGCAUUUUUCAGAGAACUACCCACUUCUCUCUUUCCUGUGGAAUAUAUACCUGCCUUCAUCACACUAAUGGAAAGAGGACCCCACAUCAAGGUACAGUUCCAAGCCUUGCACCUCAUGGUCAUGGCACUGCCUGAUGCCAACAGGGACACAGCCCAGGCCCUCAUGACAUUCUUCAAUAAAGUGAUUGCCAACGAGUCAAAAAACCGAAUGAGUUUAUGGAACAUUUCUACUAUAAUGGCACCAAACCUUUUCUUCAGCAGAAGCAAACAUUCCGAUUAUGAAGAAUUACUGUUAGCAAAUACUGCAGCUCACAUUAUCCGCCUAAUGCUGAAGUACCAGAAAAUUUUGUGGAAGGUUCCAUCUUUCCUAAUCACUCAAGUCAGAAGAAUGAAUGAAGCCACUAUGCUCUUAAAGAAGCAAAUCCCAAGUGUCAGAAAGCUGCUAAGGAGGAAGACCAUAGAAAGAGAGUUUACAAGCCCCAAGACUUCAAAGGUACUACAAAAGUCACCUUCUACUAGAAGAAUGUCUGAUGUGCCAGAAGGAGUUAUACGAGUCCAUGCACCACUGUUCUCGAAGGUGUCCAUGGCCAUUCAACUCAACAGCCAAACCAGAGCCAAAGACAUCCUGGCGAAAUUUCAGUAUGAAAACAGUCAUGGUCCAUCGGAAUGCAUUAAGAUUCAGAACCAAAGGUUAUAUGAAAUCGGAGGAAAUAUAGGGCAGCAUUGCUUGGAUCCAGAUGCUUAUAUAUUGGAUGUGUAUCAUAUGAAUCCUCAAGCAGAAUGGGUAAUAAAACCCCAGCCACGUUUUUGAAAUACUCCUCAAGAAGGCAGAUGUUGUAUAUAAUACGCCAAGAAGAUACGACAUUUUGUAGGGAUAAACCAAGACUACUUUUGACAUGUUUGUUCCUAUGAUGUUUUCAGUCCAAAUGGUGUCUCCUGACAUUGCCAACAUGAACUAUGGAAGAGGAGCUGGUUAACCAUUUGGGCUGAAGCUUUCUCUUGAUGGUGCCUUGAUUCGAGAGAAGGAAAGAUGGUGCAAUCUUUCCAGAAGAAAGGCCAGUCUAGAAUAUGGUGGAACUCUGAGCAUUUCUAAUAGGUUGACUCCCUGCAGAAAUGAACUUGAACUAUACCUAGGGAGAAGACAUAUUCUUUAUGUGACAAAUGCUUCCAAAGAGGUGGAAAGAGACUUUUUUUUACUUAUGUGUUUUAAAUAUAUAUAUAUUCAUCUUUUUUGAGCAAGAAUGAUGGAAAUACCAAUCAUUUUUGCUCUGCAAAAUAAUUCAGUUCUACUUUCCAAAGAGAACCUGUUUCUAACAUUACACAUGCAAUAUUUAUGCUCUGACUUGCUCCUGAGUUGGAGAAGGAAGAACUUCUGUUUAAGAACACUGUAUUGUUAUGUAUGUUGUACUGUAUUUUGACUAU